AUGAAUCCGGAUGGGGCGCUAGCCAAAGGCGAAAUUCGGUUUGAUUCUAAAUUGGAUGGACAAUGCAAUGGGUGGAUUCUUAUGACUCGGUUUCCUGGAGUCCCUUUGUCAACACUAAGUCUGAGCACAGACAAGCUCAAGACUAUCGACGAACAACUAGCAAACAUAGUUUUUCGCUGGAGGGAAGGGUUGCCUGUCUGGAAGGUUACUGGGAACCUUGAGUGUGGAAUCAGUGACGAGAAGCCGUCAAGUCUUGAUUCUUUGGAAAUAUUCGGCCUACGAAUAAUCCCUUCUUCUACAAUGCCUGCCUUCGGCGUCAAGUUUGAUGAGCCUAUAAUCAACGGGCUUCAGUACUACCGAGUGAAGCUCGAAGCACGGCUCCGGAAACUUCAGGAACUGGAGAUAUUCAAAGGAAAUAGGCACCUGAUCCAUUCAAUUCGAGAGUUCAUUGCGGUUCGGUUACCACAGCUUGGAAUUUGCAAUCUGCAGAGCCAGUUCGUGUUCACGCGCUACGAUCUCUCUCCGCACAAUGUUUUUAUAUCCGUUGAUGCCACUGAGAUCAGCGGUGUCUUUGACUUUGAGUUCUCUGGCUUUUUCCCGGAAUUAGAUGAGUUCGUCAAUGACGCUGUGGACAAUGAAGGCGACUGGCCCGAUAUAUUAUAUGAAGCAUAUCUGAACAGGCUAGAGGCCUGCGGAAUGAGAACCCCAAGGAGGGGCAUCGAGGAACGAUUAUGGAGAGAGGCUACGGCGCGUUCUCGGUUGGGAGGAAAUAUAGCACCCUGGUGGCUCGAAGAUCUGGUACCGAGUGAAAGAAUGGAGCUUGAAGAGGACGUGCUGAAGUCGGAAAAGAUUGUUUUGGAAGCCAUGCAGUUACUUGAUCAGAGUGUGAGAGAUUCCAUUCGCUAA